AUGGCCUGGUCCACCCCGUAUGUGGACGAUAUUCUGAAGCCAGCAAUUGUCGAAUGGCAUAAGAAGAAAAACGAAGGAAGGGAGGAAGUGAUCAAACGCACCUGCAAAGAGUUGUAUGCAAAGCAGGCGGCAAACACCAGCAAGUUGAACCCUUUGAAAGAUGCUGCCAGUCUAGCGGGGCAAGUUGCGUGGUGGUUCAAAAAUAACCAGAAGAGAUAUUGCAAGGAUUUGGAUGGGGAGGAUAUGGGGGCUGCAAAUGACCGGAGUAAAGCAGGGAAGGGGGGCAAAGGAAAGAAUAAGGCGGUAGAGGAGAAUGAUGAAGAGCAGGAUGACGAGGAUGAUGAACCUGCCCGCAAUGUUGAUGUUCCAUGGCACAAACGUAUGACUGGGCCGCUAAUGGCGAAGGCAUGUGAUGAGGAGGCCUUCAAGAAGAUUUUAGCGCAUCACGAAGAUAAGGGAUUUGGCCAGCGUUUCAACUUGGCCAUCAAUGAGUAUUGGGGGGGGUUCACCGAAGAGGAAAAAGAUGAUUUUAGCAAGAAAGCGCGUGAGUGGAAUAGGCAAGGCCCACCGAAGAACAUGAAACCAUCCCUGGCAAAGCGAAACAUGCAGGAGAGCAUGAACAGUGUAGUAGAAUACUUUGCUAAAUACUACGGAGCAUCGGUGAUUAUGUUCAGCAUGGCGCCAGGAGAUGAUGACUCCCCAAUCAUUCGUUGGCAUGAAACUAAGGAUGGAAAACGUCCAAGCAAGUUCAUCAAGCCAAAUGUCUUCCGGGCAUUCCAAGAGGAGUGGUUGGAGUCGGUGCCUGCCGGUCUGUAUGGAGAUGCAGUGAAGUCUAAGGAUACAGACCCAGAGCGGGAUUCCUGGGCUAUUGUGGAAGAAUCAGAAGAUGGUAUUCCCAUGCUCCCAAAUCUUCCAGCAGGCGCCAGGAGCGAAGCAAUUGUCAGGGUGUUCCGUGAAUAUGGGAAUUUGGUGGCAGAUAUGGACUCUGACGGCAAAGUGAAGAGAUUACCGUGGCUUCGUCUCUCACAGGAUAACGAGGCAUAUAUUUACCCAAAGUCUUUGAUAUCUGGGGUACACUUUGGGGAACCAACAAAGAUGCCUAUUGCCGAUGUUCGCCAAUAUUAUAUGCACUUUCUGCGCCGCCAGGAUAAAGGAACCAUGGGUCUACGUCUCCGAGAAGGUUGGGAUACUCUGUCCAAGGAAAGCGAGGUGGAGAAAGGUGAAGGGAAAAGGCGAAGGAGUUCAGUGGUGGAAGUCAGAACAAGCAAGCGUAUCAAGACUCCAUCUGACACAAUGAUGGAUGUGGAUGGUGAUGUGGAUGGUAAAGGAAGCGCAAUGGACGUUGACAAGAAUGGCGGAGGAAAGGAUGUUCCAGUGGGCAUGCUAGCGCCAAGCCAGGUCUCCGACGAGGACCGCAUCAUCUUUCUGAGAUCUCUCUCGACAAACGGUGAUUAUCAAGCCAUGAUCAGUUGGCUGAGCCAGUGCAAGCAAGGGCAAGUGUCCAUGCGGUCUAACCAACGCCCGCCAACAUGGGGCAGCUGGUCUUUGAAAACACCACAUCUACCAAUGGAGUUUUACGCGCAGUCCAAGUCCAACAAAGAACGUGAAAGUUUCGCAGCAGCGAAGGCAUACCUCCUACAGGACCCACUUCCCCAUGUUGGCCUUGGUGAUGUAGUUGGGCCAUAUGGGCGAGUCGAAACCACCGUUCUCAUUGUUGGUCUCAUGCUGCGUGACAUGGCCAAAGUUUGUUUUCUGGAGCCUGGUAGUGAUGAGGCCCAAAGUCUUCCUGGAUACAUGCAAGAUUCUUCUUUCGCAAUCAAGGAGUGGGAGGAACUGGGCGAAGUUUGCAGCGGAAUUAGGAACAGCCUGCGGAAAUGGGAGGAAGACCAGAUAAAGCGCGGGCAGGCCAAGAAUGCCGGCCCUAAAGCCAAAGACGCCGGCCCUAAAGCCAAAGACACCGGCCCUAAAGCCAAAGACGCUGGCCCUAAAGCCAAAGCCGAGCUGAAAAGGGAUUGGAUCGGGAAAGCAUCAAGGAUUCCUAAAGAUCUGUUAACUCUGGCUAGUUCAUGUGGUUUACUCCGUGAGGAUGCUCACAUCUUUCAAAGCUUCGGGGCAGAUUGGAGGGCAGUGGUUGAUAAUUAUUGGGCACUGGAGAAGGCAUUAUUAGGGAAGGCUGUUGACGGGGAUGGGGUGCCUCAUCAUGUUGAAGGAUUACCAACUGCGGUGGAUGUCUGGGUUGAUGCUUGGCAAGAAGAAGGUUUGUUUGAUGUGGAUGGCUUGAUAGGUGAUGCCAAGUUUGGUGAAGAUAUGUGGAAAUGGUGGAAGAAGCAGAAGGAUGCAGAUAAAGAGGUUCGUGAAGAAAAGGGGCUGGAUGGACUCUUGGAGCAACCACAUCUCCAGCGUGGUGGUAGGGGACUGUUGGUGAUGUUAUGGGCGGUCAAUGUGUGGGGAAAGGGUGUGGUGAGGCGUCAAAAGCCUCAAGGAGCAGAGGCCCAACAAUGUGUCACCGUCUGCAAGGAGCUCCGCCUGCUUUUUAUUGAGCUCUUGAAAGCACCAGCUUUGUGA